GUCCCCACGAGGGCAGAUUUUCUUUGUUUUCGAUACUUGUGGGGACUUUUGGGGAUUCUAGGUCCCCACAAGGAUAGAAGAACCAACCCACACACACACACAUCACUCUGUCUUGCCUGCUGGUGCGUUGCUUUGUUGUGCAGUGCACCCAGUCCUAGUGGAGCCCUGCCUUGGAGGAAUGACUGUGCGCUCUCUGGGGGACGUGGCCAGAGUGGACAAAUCAUGCUGAAUGUCUGGGACAGAAACGGAGUGCUAAACCCAAGAUGAAGGCAGAGAGAGAGGCUCUCUCAAAAGCCAUAGCCGCUCCUCAACUUUUGCUGCUCUGGUGUCUCCUUGUUUUGUCCCAGUCAGGAAGUGUCGAGGGGGUCAACAUCACCAGCCCUGGCUCCCUGAUCCGGGGCACGUUGGGUGGGGAGGCACUCCUCUCCGUCCGCUACAGCAGCUCCAGCCCCGACGCGCCUGUCAUCAAGUGGCAGCUGAAGAGGGACGACAAGCCUGUCACCGUGGUCCAGUCCAUUGGCACCGAGAUCAUUGGGAACCUGAGGCCAGAGUACCGGGACCGCAUCCUGGUGUUUGAGAAUGGCACCCUCCUGCUCCACAACCUCAAGCUCUCGGACGAGGGCACCUACGAAGUGGAGAUUUCAAUCACGGAUGAUACAUUCACUGGAGAAGGGAGUAUCGACCUAACUGUGGAUGAGCCCAUAUCCAGGCCUUAUGUCCACAUGGAGGCCUCCUCAGUGCUGGAGCUCAGCGAGCACUUUACCCUCAACUGCUCCCACGACAAUGGAACGAAUGCCAAGUACAGCUGGCAGAAAGGCGGUAAACCGCUGACCAAUGAGACGCGCCUACAGUUGUCACCUGACCAGAAGCUCUUGACAAUCGUGCGGGUGCUGAUGGUGGAUGAUGACAUCUACGGCUGUGUGGUGGAGAACCCUAUUGGCAGCAUGAAGAGCCUGCCCAUUAAACUCACUAUCUACAGGAGGAGUUCCCUCUACAUAAUUCUCUCCACCGGGGGUAUUUUUCUCCUCAUCACCUUGGUUACAGUAUGCGCCUGCUGGGGGCCAUCCAAGAAAGAACGUCAGAAACGGCAAAUGAAGCCCAGAGGUUUGGCAGGGCUGCCAAGGCAUUUAAUAGAACACCCUGAUUAUUCCCAAAUCAAUCAUGCAGUUAGAGUUUUACCAAAACUUAUGACUGAACAUGAACGUAAGAAUCCAGUGGCACUCUACAUCCUCAAAAAGGAUUCCCCUCAGGAAGACCAUGACUCAACCGGCAACAUAGGCCUGGGCCUCCCCUCUGUACCACCUAGAAGCCCUCCCAGCUACAGCAGCUCCCUGCCCCCCUCCUCACACUCCCCUGACCCCCCUGCCCGCUCUUCUCGCACGUACCCCCGCACCCCAGUCAGCUCCCCCCCUUCACAUCACAACAACAAGGUGCAGAGCAAAACCUCCACCCCCUCCCCGCCCCGCACUCGAAGCUCCAGGCGCAUGUUCCGCACCCCAGUGGGCAUACUGCCUGCCCCUCAGCUGGAAGAGCCCACCCCCAUACUGGAGAGCAACGGCACCACUCAGCCCUGAUUGUCUAUAUGCAAGUCCUGGAGAGAUGCAGCGUGUGCAGGCUUUUGUUUCAGCCCAGCACUUACACAUCUGGCCUAAAUUUAAGACCAUGAUUAAUUGAAACAGGAUCGUAUUCAUUAGGCACCAAAGGGAACAAACUGGACAUUCAUUUUCUUUCUUCAUUGCAAAAUGGUUUAAAACAGUUUAUUUUCAGUGCCCUAAUGAAUAUGACCCUGGUGUGUUGAAGCUGGGCCAGGGAAAAAAGCUUCCACACACUGUGGCCCCUGUGGUCCAUGCCUUAGAGCUGCAGAGAGAUGUGUAUAUUUCUGUAUAUUCACAUGGUGACUGUAUGUAUGUAAAUAUGUUUUUAUGACGUGAUAGUGCAGUAAUGUUUGUCUCAGAACCCAACGCAGCACUUUAAUAUUCUCUCCUCAAUGGGUUUGUAAAUACACUGUCAUCCUCCACAACUGUAUGGGUCAGUUUAGUUUUUAAGUUCUCACACGUUAGCCAAUUUGUUUAUGUUACAUUUCAUUAUGUCCCAUUCUUAAGACCUAAACUGUACAAUGUAUAAAACCUCUCUUUUUAAGAAUCCAGUUUCUUGUUAGUACAUUUUGUAUGGUGUGGAUGUUUAUAAUUGAACUACUAAUUGUCUGUGUUCUUGGUAUCAUAGUUGAAUAAUCAUUCAAUAUUUGUUUUCCUUUGUCUAGAUUCAUAGAAUUGUUAAGAAAAUCGGAUGCAUUGUACAUAUCAUUGUACAUAUCAGUAGAGAUGUUCAAUAAAGCUAUGAGGAAGAAA